GUGUGUCGGUUGCUUUCACCUUUGCAAGUCACUCGCCUACCCGACAUACGAAUAUUAAAAUGUAAACAAGUUAUUGAGAUUAUUUUAAACAUACCGAGUCUUGGGAGGCGUUGUGCUAAUCGCAAAGCUACAUCGUAAAGUUCAUUUCAAAUAUUGCUAAUAACUAUUAUGACAUACUAGUGCCGAAAUUCAAACUUCUGAGAUCUUCUGUCAAGUCAGUUCUUCGGUGUCUUUAUUUCACCAAUCAUGGUCUAGUUUUAUCAAAGAGUAUAAAUAUAUUAAUGAGAAAAACCAUUAUAGUAGGGGAGCCCAAGUGGGGAUAAUGGGAUUUACUCGAGCGCGGCAAGGAAGGCAACCUUGCUCCCAAGAACCUUGCUUGCUGAAGUACUCCCACCAUACCUGAACCCUUUAUAUGGGGUCGAAUGUCUAGGGCAGCAAAAAAACAUCAAUCGGCCAUGACUUUUGUUCGUGUCCAAAUUGUCGGUCUUUUGUCGGUGGUUCGAAUCUCGAAUUUUAUUUUUUAUUUAUUAAGCUAUUACUUAUUUUGGAAACAAUUUAAACAUAGAAUAUUUAAAAUAGUCCAGUAUUUUACAUUACCUGAAUAGUUAAGUAGGAAUUAAACGUUCGGUAGGUGUCUAAGUUGUUUAUUAUACAGGCUUGGUUUUUAUCAACAAUCUACCUUAGCCUUACCUUUCCAAUGUUUGCAUUUUUUUACAGUUUUUUUUUUAUAAAUAAAUAUUUCUAAAAAACCCUAAGAUAAGAAAAGCGUAACAAAAGAAAUAAAAUGAAAACAAAAGCAACUCAGUGUUUUUGUAAUCAAUCAUCCCCGCAAACACGCGGGGUACCGGAUUCGAUUCCCGGUUGGGUCAACUUAUAAAAUUACCUUUUUUUUUUAUUUUCUCGGGUCUAGCAGAAUAAUUUAUCGUAGUUUUUUCUGAUUUCCUUAAUACAAUUGACUAAUUUUGAAUAUUAACAUUAUGUAUAUGAUGUUGUACAAUAUUUAUUUAAUGGGUAUCGUCUGAUAUGUUUAUUACAGUUUAUUUCUUGCUCGUUAAUCGCUACAUAGCUUCUAUCUAAUCUUUGUAAAUUAUCUAAAUAAUUAUUUUUUUAAUUCGUUUUAGUACAGAUAUCUAUCGAAAAAUUAAGCAUUUCUUAUACGAUUACGGAGUGCUUUUGUAGCUAGACUAGCAUAUAAGCAUACGUGCUUUAAAUAUAUCUAACUGUUCCGUUAUCACUUAAUCGUGGUUACUUAUUUAUUAUUUUAAAUGUGGGUAGGUUCGCAACGAGAACGAUGCAUCUGCGAAUGUGGUUUUUUACUAGCCUAACGCAGACAGUUAGCCACUGAUCACACGAGAGGACCUACCUCACUCCGUUCCGCGCCCGCGCACUCGCUAACAUCGUAUAACCUCUUCGCUAAUAUCGUAUAAUCUUUACGUGCGGUAUACCAAACAAGUGGAAUUCGUCAACAAUAAACUGUGAAUUUCUUCUAGCUAGAAGAAUACGCGGACCAUAAGCUUCCGACAAAGGUUUCAAACGAUUUGUACCAGAACCCGACCUUCGUGCUGGAUAAAAGCGACACAUUUGACGUGGUUCCGGGGAAAUUAGGUGACAAGUGGCUGGUGUCUUGCCUGGGGGUGCUGUAUCUGAACAAAGGUCUGUUCUACCGAGUGGUGCCAGCAGACCAGCGCAUGGACUCGCCCUACGCUGGCGUCUUCAGGUUUCGUCUGUGGUGGUGUGGUCAGUGGCUCGAGGUGCUAGUGGACGACCAGCUGCCGACUGUGAACAGCAAGCUGGCCUUCCUGCAGACCAGCAACACGGGGGAGCUGUGGCCCGCCCUGCUAGAGAAGGCAUACGCUAAAUUGCACGGUUCGUACGAAGCACUGAAGUACGGCAGCCUGCUGGACGGGCUCGCGGACCUGACCGGCGGUAUCACCGAGUCGCUGCCGGUCACCGACUUCACUGACGCUUCCACGCUCGCCGCCCUGCUCAAGACCACCAGCAUAGUCACCGCUUACCACCUCCCGACGACAAACGAAGAUAAGGUCAAAGGAUUGGAACAAGAGAUGAAUUAUAGAAUAUACAAUAUAGAAAAGGUGGAACUAUCGAACGGGCCAAUACAUUUGGUACGUUUAAGAAGACCACUCGGCUUAGGCGAAAGCCCUGUAUCACAUGUUGUGGAAGCUUCAGUGUGGAAAUCGAUCCCCCUAUACGAGCGCGAGCGUCUCACGUCCACGCUCAAGGGUUUCUGGAUGCUGUACACGGAGUUCCAGCGGCUGUUCAGCCGGCUCGAGAUGGUUCACCUGGACGCAGACACCAGCCGCGCAGAGCCCUCGCUCACGGAGAAGCACCGCUGGCAGAUGCGCAUGCACCAGGGCGGCUGGCGGCGCGGCGUCACCGCCGGCGGCUGCAGAAACUUCGUCCAUUUCUUCCACAUGAACCCGCAAAUCCAAUUGAUCCUCAAUGAGUCGGACACUGUCGUCAUCUCGCUGAACCAGCACAGCAUCAUGGAACCCAAGGUCAUCGGCUUCAGCAUAUACAAACUCCCCAAGUUCCUUACGGAAACAGCAUCCUUAGAAUUUUUCAAGAAAAUCAAGAGUUCCAUUAAUUCCCAAUAUACAAACAGUCGUCAAGUUAGUCACAGGUGUCAAUUAGAAUCUGGAGCGUAUUUGGUGAUGCCCACAACGUUCGAACCCAGAGAAGAGGCCAAUUUUUCUUUGAGGAUCUUCUCUAAUAAGACUUUGAAAAUGAUGGUCCUAGACUACGCACCUCAGAUGUUGAAGGCGGCUUUGGUCAAGGCGCCUCGAGGAGUCGAAGCCAGCAGUUACUGGCAGUAUGAAGCUGUGUUUCUCCAGUUGGCUGAUGAACAUAGGACGAUAGACUCAUUCGAGCUCCAAGAACUAUUAGACGCAUGUUUGCCUAACGACUACAUAAAAAGUUGUGCUUCAAUAGACACGUGUAGACAAAUUGUGCUAUCUAUGGAUAAGGGUGGAACCGGUCGAAUAUCCCUGUCGGACUUCAAAGACUUGAUAUGCAGCUUGAAGCACUGGCAGAUUGUGUUCAAAAGUCAUGCGCGGGAAAAGAUGGGCGUUCUGUUAGCGGAGCGGUUUAGAGACGCACUGAGGGAGGUUGGCUUCAUAGUGCCGGAGAGAGUGCUGGCUCUCUUGGUCCUCAGGUAUAUGAGGAAGGACGGCAUGCUCAGGUUCGGGGACUUUGUGUCCGCCGUUAUGCAUCUACAUCGAGCUUUCAACGUCUUCUAUACAAAUGAUUCUCCGCGAUCAGACACUAUCAAUUUGAGUCUUUUAGAGUGGCUGAAAUGCGCUUUGAUGUGUUAGCGCCAUUGCAUUGCUGUGACGGCAGAGAAAUUAACAGAAUGGAAAGAAAACUGAUAAAAAUACGUGAUAUUGGUGUUUGUGACACAACUAUCUCGGUAGAUUGUACGACAAUUUGACUGAAACUUUGGCACUACGCAGGUGUCUAUUCAGAAUAUAUGAGAUUCCUAGGAUACCCUAAUCUUUGCCUAGGACUAUUUGUUUCCAAUGACUUUAAUUCAAAACAGUGUUACAAAUAAGGUAUUAUUGAAACAAAAACAUAAUAUAAAAAUACAGUAUAAAAAAUCCGUCAUAUUUUAACAAAUUGGCCAGGCUACCUAAUAACAUUGUAAAACUGGCGAAGUCAUUGGUUUAGCUGUUUGAUUUGACAAUUGCUUAACUCAGUAACGACAAUGGGUAGAAAAAACAAGUUACCUAUUCAGAAUGAAUUUACUAACGCUUGACUUGUUUUGCUUGGUGUUUAUAAAGAAUCAGAAAACGGAAUAUAGUUUUAUUAUAUAAUUUCAGCUCGAACAAUAUAUAUACACUCUGUAUAUUUUUUAUAUAAGUAAAUAAAUUUAAGCUUUAUGGCUUAAAGGUAUGUUAUUAUUUAGCUUAGAAACUGUACAAUGUAAAUAAAAUCAACAAAUUAUUAUGUUACUAGCGAGUAACUAGUAUUUUCAAAACUGAAUUUACCUUUAUGCUUAGAUAAAAAAUGGGUCUCCCGUCGGUCGACCGCAGGGAGACCAAUCAUUUAUCUAUCAUCUGGCUUUAGGUAUUAUCUUGGUGCUUAAUAAAAAGUAUUUAUGUGUAAAGUGAUUCAUAAUGACAGUGAAGAAAUGGUGUACUUAAAGGCACCAAGGUUUGCGAGUUUAUUCAUGAACUAACAAAUUCUAUUUUAUAUAUGCUUAGUAUUAAGGACCGUGUUGACUGGAUGCUAUAUCUGUCGUAUAUGUUAGACCUAAGAUAUAAUAUAAUACUCAAUGCAUUUAACAUUAGAUAAACAAUUUCUUGCAACGAUCUCGCUUGAAACGAAUGUAUAAUAAUAGUCAAUAAUUAUAUGUUAAUAUUAAGCCUUCUUUUUAAAUCCACCGAGUUGGCUGUACGAUCUAUUUCUAUGUUACAUAUUUUUUUUAUCAACUGUCUACAUUUAAGUGCGUCCGCUCAAACACUUAACUCUUUCCAUCUAAGGUUCAGGCAGUCUAGACCUAGCGGAAAUAGCCUAAGCCCAUGUUUCAAAACUAAGCUAAGGCAAAAUAACAGUAAAAUAUAUAACUUUUAUAAAAUCAGAACUCUCUAAUCCGAGCACGUGUUGAGUGCCCGAAGUGUCUAAAGUAAGAUGUCCGAAAUGUAAAACCCCGGAAUAGGGAAGAUGCAAUAUUUUUAUUUUUGUUUUCAUUUUAAAGAAUUCCAUGUAGAAUAAACCACAGAUAUAUUAAAAAAUUAAAACAUUGUGAUUUAUCGGAAAAAAUGCGGUUUUAAAUUGUCAAUUUAAAUUUUCGCGCGAAAACGAACCUAUGGUUGCGAUGACGUCACUCCUGUCAGUCACUGGUCGUAAUUGUUCGUUGCUGGCUUUAAAAUUUCAUACUUAUGCAUAUUUUUUCGACUUUCGAAAUAUUUUUUUGAAAAAUUUAAAAUGGACUAUCCAUCAACAUCAUGUGAUCAUAACAAUACCACUAAUAUUCCGAAAAAAAGCCGUGUUGACUCAUGUUUUGUGCCAAUCUACUUCAACAAAGUUCCCAAAUAAAUUGUUUUUGACUGGAACUUCUACCCAAAACUGAAAAAAGUGGUUUCAAGCUGCGAAGAGAAAUGACAAUUAUUCUCCAAAGACCAUUAUUCGAUGCUGAGAAGAUCACUUUGACGUAUGUCGGCGAAUAUACUUGUUAUAUGCUUAAUUAAUCUGCUUGUACGUAAAAACGCAUUAGUAACCUACCUAAUACUUACAAAACCUGUCUAUAACAUAUUUUUAAUUUUACAGUUGGAGAAUGACGUCAAAAAUUAGAUAAAGUUUAAAAUGUGUGGCACAAUCUUCACAUUGGCAGGACUGAACCAAGCUUUGCGUUUCAUUUAAAAUAACUAUAACACGAUAACCUUCUUUACGUACUUUAUGCUCCGGAGAACUCGACCUUUUACUGUACAUAAUUCUCCCUCUCUUUUAAUUUGGACAUAGCCGAUUGCAUUAUCGCCGCAAGAUUUGUAGAAGCCGCUGAAUAAAAUACGAAGUUUAACAACUACGAUUUUUACAUACCCUUUCAUUUCUACACUUAAAAACUCUGCACUUUGGACAAAAAAGUUAUAACCAUGUCAACGCUAACUCUUGGUAAAUUCCUGGAGUCUGCUUUGAUAAACGCAACUUCCAUUUUUAUUAAAUGUAAAAAAACGCAAUAAAUAUUCCCAUAAAAUAAUAUUAACUUAAACAACCAUAACCUCAAAGAAGUUGUCAUAACAGGAGUGACGUCACUAAACGCUGAUUGGUGUUUUAAAAUACGUUCCGUUUCAAGGAUUUUUAAUUCGUAAUAAUAGUUAAAAAACAACAUUAUGUAAAAUAAAAACGUUGCGUGGCAUUUCUUUUAUAUUUUUUUAACAUUUUAAUCAUAAAUAUUAUAUAUGCAUCUUCCCUAUUUGGUAUGCCUUCCAGCAUUUUCAGUUCACAAUUUGAGGGAACGCACUUAGUUUAGUAAUAGCAUAAGACCUAUUUGUACUGAUACAUAUUACUUUUAAAGAAUUUACUUUUCUCAUCGCUUUACCUUCAUAGUUCUUAUUAUUUCAAUAAAAUUAAAAAUCAGUAUCUGUACGAAACUUUUUGUUUAUUUAUUAAUUUAUACCCACGCCACGGUAAGGGUUGACCCCUUACUUAAAUUUUUAUAAUAUAUAGGUAUAUAAUAUAUGUAAGUAAUAGAUAUCCAAUAACAUCAAACGAUAGGCGGGCGCUUUCAUAUAACAUUUAGUCCACACAAAACCAAAGAUUUAAAUCGUUAGAUAUCACCGAAAAACUGUGGCUAUAUUUUGCAAUAACUUUAUGAUGAUGGCCGUUUGACACCUUACAAAAGUGAAGUGAAUGUCAAUUUGUUAUCGAAAAAAUACACUAAUGCUAUUAAAUGUGAGUCUAUUAUAUAUGGGUGAAUAUACACGUAACCUCGUAACGCCCGCGGUCCCUAAUAAAAUACUAAAACAAACAUAGCCUACAGGCCCAACAAUUCAUACAUACUCAUACUCCUAAACACCCACGGUCCUUUUUUAACGAUUAAAUCAUUUUGGCGAUACUGUGGAUUUAAAUUUGCCGCUCUGAGUAUAACCAACAUAAAAAUACAAGUAUUGGGAUGGCUGCUAUCUAUGGGCGCGAGUUGAUGUGGAUUAAAAAAAAACAACUGUCAAAGUCAUUUAACAAAGUUUGACGACUUGGCACACCAAGGGAGACCACAUAACCAGUGUUGCCAGGUCUCCAGAUUUUACAGGAGAUCUCCUGUUGAAAAACAGGAAUUUCUCCUGUUCUACUGUUUUUCUACAUGAAUCUCCUGUUUUUUUAGAAUACGAUUUUCUUUUUUAAAUUGCAUGUUGAGUUGCAUUUUCCGUCAUUAAUAAUGUAGAUAACCUUCAUAAUUAUAAAAUAAAUGUAAUAGUCUAAAAAAAUAGCUUUGAAGGGCGGCAGAAGCCACAGAAACACAAACCGUUACUGGUCUUUAUCUUGAUUUGAUUUACCAAUUCUGGGGGUUGUUUUUCUUGUAGCUCUUUCCAUACAUCUACUGUUUUUAUCUAUAACGCUUCCCGAUUUUUGAAAAUCGGACCUGGCAACACUGCACAUAACUAAUCGUAAAAUAUUUCUAUAAUCUAUUAAUUUAAAAGCAAUAAUUUAUCACAAUUUCAUUAAUAAUUGUAUGACUCAUUGUUUGAAACCGUUCUUUUAUUAUUUACUCCAAUAGAUUAACGAUAUUUAAUACCUAAAGUAAUUGAUAAAAAAAGGACCUCGAGCGUUGACUACAUAAAAGCCAUAUAUUAAUAUUUUUGGUUUUUCUUAUUGUAAAUUGCAAUAUCUACCGCAGUUACUGCCUGUUUUUUAGUUUUGAGAGAUCAGGAUAAAUACAAGUCGCUAAAUGAGUCUAAUAUCGAGUUGCAUCAAUUUGAUGCCGCUGGCGAGGAAUUGCAAAGAAAGUUCCACUCAAAUAGAUCCAACAACUUCGGGCAUAUAAAUUGGAGUUUGGCGAAAUAAUAACAGAAUCGUCAUAUCUUACUAAUCACGCUGACGGCACCACAUCUGAAUGUAGUUCUGAUGAUGAAAGGAGAAUUCACCUAAAAAGAGGUGGCAGAAAUUUCCGAGUUGGAUUGCCAUUAGCCCGCCGACGGGCUGUGCACAUGCCUGCAAUAGCUGACGUACAGAACAAAUGUCGUCGGCGAGGUUGCAAGAAGAAAACUAGAAGGACAUCGUAUCUGAAAUGUCAGUUACACCUGUGUUAGCAAAAAAAUUUUUAAAUUUUCAAAUUUAUUUUUUAUUUUAAUUAGCUAUUUGAUAUCCAAGUAUAGAAGACUGAUUAUGGAAAGAGAGUAAUUAUUAUUUUUAUUUUGCUAAAUGGUUUAUCAUAUUCAGAAUUUGUUUAUAAUCAUAAGUGGACAUUAUUUUUAUUAUGGGUUGCUAUUUAAUUUCUUUUACUGAAGACUGAUUAUUAUAGAAAGAAAGAUUGUUAGUUUUAUGUUGCUGAUUAGAUUCUAAUCAAUUAAUUAAAGUUUCAUUUACUACAAAAACUGGUUUUUGUGUGCUACUUACUUCGACUCUACACCCUUUUCAACGUACUAAAACAUAAUUAUGUUUGCAUUUAACGCCCAAAGUACUUUCAAACGUAUUAAAUAAAAUCACUUGUGUAUUGCCUUUAAUACCCAAAGUACUUUUUUUGCGAAUUGAAUUUUCAUCCUAUUUGUUGUUCAAAAAUGGCCUUUAGGAUCCUAAUAAGCUGCCAAAGAAAUUACAUCUAUAUUGCACAACUCUAAGCAUCAUAUAUCUGGCAAAGUUUGGGUCUGAACGACAAUAAAAAUUUAGGAUUUAAAAAAGGACCUUGGGUUGUAAGACAUGAUUAGUAUUAAAAGAAGUUGGGCGUUACGAGGGUAAAGUUGGGUAACUUUUAGGAAUAUUUUGUUUACGAUAUUUUUUAAGUAAAAUUUAUGCAAAUUUGGGUAAAAAGAUUAGCCAUCUUAUAUACAAAAUGGCUGGCUAAUCUAAUGAAUAUAUUGCUUGUAUCCGGUCCAGUCACUUUUUCAAGUAGAUGCUGAGAUAUUUAGAUUUUUCCGAAUUUGUUGCCAGAGGACUGACGAGGGUGACAUAGUACUGGCAAAAAACACAACUUCAUUAGAUAUUGUAUGAAAUUUAUUAGGAUUUGGAAAAAAUCUCUUAAAAUCCAAUAAUGGCACAUAUUUUGAGUCUUAAUUUACUUAAAUCACAAUUAAAUAAUUAUUAAUGUUAUACUGUAGGAACAAAUCACCACCUUUAGAACAGCUUUUAUUUAAAUUUUAAUAACUUAAUAUUACUUAACUUAUACUACUUUGAUUUAGUUUAACUGAACAUUAUACAUUUUCUAAGUAGUCAACAAACAAUUGAAACAAAAUUAUGACCCUCUGAGCCUUACAGUUAUCAAUUAGCAUACAAUUUAUAAACUAUCUCAGCCAACUGUAAUCUUACAUUUUUAUAUUGUUAUGUUGCUUAAUUUAUAAUAGGUACUUUGAUGUAUACCUAACUUAUCAGUGUACAUUUUUAAGUAAUCAACAAAUAUAUAUAGAAUUUAUGCCUUAGAGCCAAGUAAUAAAAAUGAGAUCUUAUUCUCAACAAAAAAUAAAAUUAAUACUUCAAAAUAGCUUAACAAUAACUUUUCAAAAACAUCAAUAUCUUCUUUAAAUUGGUUAAUUAAUGUAUUAAAUUCUGUAAUGGGGUUUGGUACAGGUAAUUGUUUUACAACUUGAUCCAUCAGAACGUCAUCUGAUACAUAUCUUUCAUUCAAUUUAUACAGAGUACCAUUCUGAUUAGAAAUUUGGAGGAAAGUCACUCGCAAUUCACCUUCUUCAUCAUCAACAGAAGAGCAGAUUCCUGCAUUACGAUAUUCGGUAGUUCUUGUGACAUAUUUGAACAUUACAUAAUCAUCACUGCUGUAAAGACUGCUGUUGUGAAUAACCGCUGGCUCCUGAUGUUGAAAGAUUUCUAUCCAAUUUUGAGUGGUCAUUGAUGUCUCUCUUGUAAGUGGAUAGUGCUAUAUCAUCAUCUUCAGAGUCUUUAAAUACGGUAGAACGAUUUAUACCUGUACUUUAUUGCUGACACACGCUAAAUGUCAGUACUCUGGAAACAAGUCAAUCCUCUGGCACAAAGGACUGACGCCAACGAACUGACGAAAAAGGCACUAACCUCAAGGUUAUCAUUAAGACUAACGUUUAGUUUGAUAUUUCCGAAUAUCAAUAAGCUACAUAAAAAAAAGAACAAAUCUAACUACGUAUAAAUUAAAAUAUAACACAGGUUUACAAGGAAAUAACGACUCACCAUAGGACUGAAAUUUUGACUGGAUCGGCACGUGUUUACAUGAUAAACACGACGCUAGCACUGGCACAGUAACCGCGGCCGUAAAAUGGCGUAGUCUGCAGUUUACGUUACUACCCCCGUUGAAAUUUAACACGGGUUGGAAUUUGAAUCGUCAAUAUUUAGCGGAAAAUUCAAAUUCAAAAAACACAGCGGACUGGCGAAUUAAAGUGAACACAAAGUUUAUAAUUAUUUUUAGAACUUCGGUAAUCAUAAAUAAAUCAAAACGAUUGCCGCACAUAGGAUCGCUGAGCUUACACACAUCAAACAAAGUUUCAGAUCACUUGCAAACGCUGAUAUAUGUAUUUUCAAAAUUUAAUUUAAUCAAGAGAAAAUUUUUGCGAUAGAAUCAGAAAUGAGGAAAUCCGUAGGAGAACCAAAGUUACCGAUAUCGCUCGAACGAUUGCUCUGCUGAAGUGGCAGUGGGCGGGACACGUAGCAAGAAGAACCGAUGGCCGUUGGGGCGGAAAGCUUCUGGAAUGACGACCACACACCGGACGACGCUCAGUGGGCAGGCCCCAGUGGGCAAGGUGGACCGACGAUCUUGUGAAGGUCGCGGGAAGCCGAUGGAUGCGAGUGUCGCAGGACCGAUCGGUGUGGAGAUCCUUGGGGGAGGCCUAUGCUCAGCAGUGGGCGUCAUACGGCUGACAUGAUGAUGAUGAUGAUGAAGAGAGAUAGUUUAACUAAACUUAAAACCUUUUAUAUAUAUUUAAAGCAUGUAACUGCUUGAUGUUUAAAUCGUAAAACCUUUUAUUAAUAUUGUUGUUAAUCUAAUACAAAAUAACUCCUCCUCUGGCUCGAAUACAUGUGGAGAUUUUGAUGUGUGUAUGUAGACAUUUAUAUUUUUCAUUUGAUUCAAUAGUUUUGAUCAGCUACUGUUUGCAAUAUUGGUUAAAAUACCAAAAAAAAACUAGAUGAGACUCGCAUUUAAUAGCAUUACUUUAUAUUUUCGAUAAAAAAUUGACUUACACUUCACUAUUGUAAUGUGUCAAAACGGCCAUCAUCAUAACGUCAUUGCAAAAUAUAACACAGUUUUUCGAUGUCAGGGCGAUAUCAACGAUUUAAAUCAUGGGAGAUGGGAGAAAAAAGUGCAGUCACGAAGAUAAAUGAUGUGGCAGAAAGUUUGCCGCUCCAACCAUCCACACCUUGCUGGCCUAAACCCAAUCCCCUACCCCGCCGAGCCCUGGGGGCCAAUCGUCUAGCAGGAUUGCUAUUGCUAUUGCUAACGAUUCCAU